AUGAAGAACUCCCAGAUGGAAAGAAAAAAGUACUCAGUUCACAAUUUGGUAAAACUUAUUAAUGAGAGGAAUAAACAGAACGUAAGGAAUAAGCAGCUGGCUGUAGGGGCGGACGGUACGACAAGUAUCAAGGCAGGGGACGGUCUAGAUGGAGAAACGCACUAUGAUUUUUGCCACAUUGAGAAUAAUGGGCAGUGCCAAAACCAAAAGUGCUCCUGUAAGAAGUUAUACCGAUUUAAAAAAAUAAAAAAGGCACCCAUCAACAAAAAGUUUAAAGGAAUCGUAUUAACGCCAUUCUGCGAGAAAUACUUUUCCAUAAAUGACAAAGCCACUGUGGAGAAUUUUGGCCUGUCCGUAAUUGACUGUUCUUGGAAAUCGCUGGACUUAUUGAAAAAAUCCAAGUUCGCAAACCAGAGGAAAUUACCCUACAUCAUUGCAGUUAAUAGUAUAAAUUAUGGAAAGCCAUACAAGCUCUCCUGCUUGGAAUCGUUGGCAUUCUGCUUAUAUGUCUGUGGCUACAACAAACAAUGUACCGAUAUUCUCAACAUUUACAAAUGGAGCUCAAGUUUUGUAAAUCUGAAUGGAGAGUUGCUCGAUAUGUACAAAUUAUGCAACACCCAUGAGGAGGUGAAGAAUGUUGAAGAUGAAUUUAUUCAUAAUUCGCUCAACGAAAAGGAGAAACGGAAAAAAAUAGACCACUACAAGGUUAUAUAUGAGGAUGGCUACUUGUAG